AAAGGGGAAGACAUCGUCACCGUGCUGCACCAUCAAGGCGCGUCCUGCCAAAGUGUAAGUGGAUCGAGUCGACCGGGGUACCUUGAACCGUGGUGGCCGACUCUGGAAACGUUGGUAAGCACCCCAACAUCUGGUCCUUCGAGCCGGAUCCAAAAUCAAGAGCAAGAAAUAGGGUAUCCAUUGGUCAAAAUGAGCUUCAACGAUGCGUUCAAGUGUCCUUUAUGCCACACACGGCAUUCGUUCCGGCACUGCCGCCCCUUCUUGUCGGCGAUACCUUCCGAUAAGGAAGCCAUCGUACGCAAGUACAAUGGUUGCGUAAAUUGUCUCGGUCUGGGACACCGAGCGAUAACUUGCCCGUGGAAUGAAGGUUGUCGGGUGUGCAAUUUCGCCCACCACUCUUUAUUACACCCGCUAGAUAACCGUCGAGAAGUUUGGUUGUCCAUGACGGCAGAGGUCUUUAUCCACUUCCCAGGCCUAGAUGAAACCCCACAGAAGGUGCGUGUGCUUAUCGACCCGCUGCGUGAGGAGAGUACCCUUCAAAUGGGAUUACCCAGCCAAGGUCCAUUGUAUCCCAGUCCGGUACGGGUCGUUCUCACGUCAACGAACAACAAUGUUCGGACAUACACCACCAAUUUGAAGGUGCUGGGCGAGUCAGACCUUCUAGAGCCUCGGCACCCGGUUGACUUGAAGUGCGUGAGAAAGGCGUAUUUGAAGAAGGCGGUAGCGGAUCCUACUUUCGAGAAGCCCGGCAAAUACAAUGUGGUACUCGGUAAGCCGGCAUCUGAAGGCAUUUUCCUGGGCCUACCCGUUUUUGAGCGCGGCAUGCCAUAUGCCCAAAACACCGUCUUUGGAUGGACAUUUUUCGGCGACGUGGAGCGAAAGAUUUAAAUAAUGUUUUUUUUUUUCUUACCCGUGUGAGGAGGCGUUGCAGUACCAUAUUUGUCCCAGAGGGACUCAACGAUUGCUGGCUCAAUUAACGUUGUUUUUUAACUGUAUAUUUCCAUAUCUUUCAUCAUAAUUUAUUUUAUCGUCAUAUUUUGAAUUAAAAACAGUUUGUAAUUAAUUUAGAUUUUAGUGUCCACUAAAUUGAAUUUCCAUGGACAAUUGCAUUAAUUAAUAUUAUAUAGUUUAGUUGGAACCCUGUCCCAAGGGGGGGAGGAUGUUCAUGGGAGAAAAACGCGUGAAUGUGAAUAUGAACCCAUGAACGUCUUCCCACCCUAUUGUGAUUCUAUUGUGAAUCAUUUUAUUUUAGUUUAUUCCUUCUCAUUGUUUUCUCUUUCUAUAAUGAAAACAAAAACAAAACGUAGAAACUAGAGAAAACAAUGAAAAAGAAGAAGAUCAUUUUUUUGGAGUUAGAGUUGAAUUUGAUUUUGUCAUUCCGUUUGUUUUUUCCCAAGAGAACAGUAGUUCGACUUAAUAAGAAUAAAUAAAAGUUAUUAAAAUAAAGCACAAGUGUUAGUUC